CAGCAGGGAAGCUUCUUCCACGCUUGAGUCGUUGGCUGCUCUCCUAAUCCCCCUUUUGACCUAAGUCGGUGGCCAUUCGGUCAUGGCGGACUUUGGAAGGAGUUAGGGUUUCUUUUCUGAAGCAAUCCCUUCCUCUUUGGCUUUAUAAUUCAUUUUUCCAGUUCUUUCCACGACGGCGACUCCUUUUUCUCUUAAGAUUGCAUCUAUUGAUCUAGAUUCUAAUAAAUGAAGGAUAUAAGGACAAGAAUGCGGGCUCCUUCACUAUUUUCUCAAUGCUUGGCGGGCUUGAUAACCCAUGAUAAGACCAGCCAUGGAGUGUCCAUAGUUUCUGAACGGGAUUCUCAUUUUCCUUCACCUGCGGUCGAGAUUGUUCCUUCAAAGAGUGCUCAUCCCUACAAGUAUGCUGGAGAGAAUGUUGAUUUACAGGGAAUCAACAUUUUUAAGGGACGAGUUAGCGUGGCUGAUAUCAUUGGUUUUUCUAGUUUAGAGACAGUAUCUUCAAAACAUGAUGGAUGUUUAAAAUCUUGGGAAAGUUCAAUUGACCUUGUAAACAUUCUCAAGCAUGAAAUUCGUGAUGGUCAGUUGAGUUUUAGAGGAAAACGUGUUUUGGAGCUCAGCUGUGGAUAUGGUCUUCCUGGAAUCUUUGCUUGCCUGAAGGGUGCAGCCACUGUCCAUUUCCAGGAUUUAAAUGCUGAAGCGCUAAGAUGCACAACCAUACCCAAUGUUCUUGCAAAUCUGGAACAGGCUCGAGAUCGACAGAUUCGUCAGCCAGAGAGCCCUCUUACACCGUCUCGACAGCAGCUGGCUCCUGAUGUCCACUUCUAUGCUGGGGACUGGGCAGAGCUUCAUACCGUCCUAUCUGUCGUAGGAGUGGAUACUUCUGAUAUGGCAGCUGGUAUGAGCCUAAGCUUUUCUGAAGAGGAUCUAAUGGAUGGCUAUAGCAGCCAAGAUGGGAGCAUUAUAGGAUAUGAACCUCCCAGCAGCAGAAGGUCAAGGAAGCUUUCCGGAAGCCGUGCGUGGGAGAGGGCGAGCGAAGCAGAUCAAGGAGAUGGAGGAUAUGAUAUCAUCUUAAUGACUGAAAUAACAUACUCAGCCAGCUCUCUCAAGAAACUUUAUAGACUAAUAACAAAGUGCCUGAGGCCACCAUAUGGGGUGCUGUAUCUUGCUGCAAAGAAGAAUUUCGUUGGUUCAAAUGGAGGAGCAAAGCAGCUGAGAAGCUUGAUGGAUGACGAAGGUCUUUUUGGUUCUCAUAUGCUGACCGAACUUUCAGACAGGGAAAUAUGGAAGUUCUUUUUCCUCAAAUAAAAAACUGCGGUUCAAAUCUCUGUAAAUAACAUUUCUGCAGCUCUCGUCGUAAUCUUCUUCGUCCAUGAAUGUUGUAGUUAGAUUAGCUUUGCCAAAUUUAGCUGCAAUGCUAUUGUUAUAUAGAUUCUUUUAUUUGUUUUUCUUUUUUAAUUUGAAUGUUAAAAUAUGAAUAUGGUGUAUAUGGGUUUCAACCUCGCUAUUUUGUCAACAACUCCAAAAAUAUUUAUACUUUUUAUUGAGCUUAAAA